AUGGGUUUAUCGCCGGCUUUGUAUUUGCCUAAAUCCUUCCUUGGAUUACCUUUAUACAUUGGCGUUGAGUUGGUUCUUGGGAUAGCCAUAUUCAAUAAGAUGGCGGGGUUUUAUGGUGUUCUCUCGCUUCUCACUGGCCAUCCUAUUGAGUUCACCCAAUGGAUAUUUUAUCUUUCUUCACUUUUAAUCGUUCCGUUCUAUGUGAAUGGUCUCCAAAACGUUAAAAACCCAAAUUUGGCCAGGUUUUCGCUCAUAAGCUUGAUAUAUUUCAUCGAUACUGUUUCAGGAAUUGUGUUUAUUUUGCACUUUGCCUAUCAAUGGUUUAGCACAAAUGACACCUCAGUUGCGAAGAUUCCAAAUACACCAACAGAAACAUCAACAUCUGUUUUGACUGAACCAACUACAAAAUCUAAGGUUGCAUCCUCCUCUUCGGCUUCCCAUGAUUCUUCAUAUUCUUCUACUUCGGUCUCAAGGACUAAAAUCCCAACCUCUUCUCCAACUGCUUCAUCAUCAUUCGAAGAAUCGAAUUAUGAAAUUGAAUCACCGGAUGAGUCCGGUAGUGAUAAGGAUGUAGCAGUCUUUGAAUUGGAAGAACCAAAAAAGAAUUUUGACAGACUAUUGAGACGCUCAAUCGAGCUUGUGGGCACUAAUAUCAUCUUAGCUCUCGUGAGUCGUGAUACAGAAUCUAAGCUUUCAUCUCAAUCUGCUUCAGAGACUUAUGAACUCAUGACCACAAUUCUUACGUGCAUUUUUGUGGUUGUUGCCAGGGUUUAUUUUACUCUUGUUAUUUUGUCAUUUACUAGACUAUUACUCAAAUCAACGAAGUAUGGGGUCAACAGUGAUGAUUUCAACAACAGAAAGAUGGAAGGCCAGGAUGAAAAUCUGUCCAAAUUCAAAAAGUUUUUGCAAAAGAUUGAAAACAAAUCAGUAGAUAUUAUCGUGUGGUUGUUCAAUGAGUGA